AUGCGCUUCUUCCCUCUUGCCGUCUUGGGCCUCGCCUCCGUCGCCGUCGCCGACUUCAGUAGCUGGAACGACGUAGUGGGCGACGCCCCCCAAUGCCUGAAGAAAUGCACGAACGACUUCUACAACGACGUGGGUCUCGAUGACCAGUGCGGAAGCUCAGACCAAGCCUCCGUGAAAUGUCUCUGUGGUGUCAGCAAAUCGACAAGUGACCUCAGUGCCGCGGCCGACAGCCUGUCUUCAUGUGUUACAGAUAACUGCAGCGCCGAGGAACUGACGGACGCUUUCGACAAGGUCAUGGCGUUCUCGGAACGAUUUACUGAUCUUGCCAGCCAGUGCACCGAGGAAGUUGCAGACGACAAAGAUGGUGGCGCCAGCUCUGUGGUCCCUGCGUUCGGUGCGAUGCUCGUCUCCGGAGCUCUGCUUUUCGCCAGUGUCGCCUUUUGA